AUGAUCAAUAUCACUACACAUCAAUUUGCUCCAAGUCUAAGGUCAAAUGUUUAUGAUACCAGUCAAUUUCCAUUCUCAGAAAAGUUUCAAAUUAAAGAUCAUAGAGAGAUUGAUGGUGAUGAUGAAGAUGAUGGAUUAGAUUCUCUUGAUUCACUUAUGAUUUCAAAGAAAAGAUCAAACGUCAAUGAGGAUAUAAAUUCUAGUAUUCCUCCUAGUAAAUUUCAACCCGAUGUGAUGAAGAUUGAUUUAGAUCAGUUUAAAUCAAUUCCUUCAUUUGAUUUGAAUUCGAUUAAUUCUUUAAGUAAAUUAUCUCAAUUCCAAACCAAUGUGAUUAAUCACUUUCAAAAAUUUCCCGAAGAUUGUUCAAAAUCAAACCAAGCACGUAAAAUUAUUCAUGAUUUUAGGAGAAAGAUCUUACAAAAGAAUUUCAAAGAAUCUGAUGAGACUCAAACUCCAUCAAAAUCAAAUCAAGAUUGGUCAGAAUCAGAAACAAUAGAUCAAGAAUCAAAUAAUCAACCGUUUGAUAGAUUGAUCUACUUAUUAGAUAGGUAUACAGAUUAUUGUCACUCUAUCCAUCUUUCACCUUGGCCUAUACAUCAUCUUAAAGUUGUGAUUUGGAUUCAAGGUGAUGUGGUUUCAACAAAGACACGAGUAGUCCCUUUACGUAAAAGUGUAAGAUGUUAUGUGACUUCGUUGGAAACCGUCAGACUUAAAACUUAUCAUUUAUUCGAUCAUGAUUGCGAGGGUGAUGAAAAGAUGUUGAUGAAUAGUGAAGUCCUUUUAGAGAUUCUAGAACAAUUACCUAUCACUCGUUCUACUAUUAAUCCGUUUCAUUCCAAUCUUGUUCAAAAUUCUAAUAGUGAUCAUGAAGCGUUUGAUCAGUUCAAUCAUGGUUCUAAUAAAUUGGGUAACUUUGAUCGUGUUUCUAUACUUCGAGUUUUGAAUGAUCAAUCUGGUGAUCACAAGUUGGAAAUCGCAUUAAACUCAAUACGUGAAGCAAGGAGACAAUCUCAAGUUUCACAAAAUGGAUAUAAGAAUUCAAAAAAGUUUUCAAAACCCAAACCUGAUCCACAUCUACAUACAUUAAACCGAUAUCAAACUUUUUGUAAAUCGAUUGGUAUUCCAGUCUUUCCAAUCGAAUCAGUUAGAGUAUCAAUCUGGUUAAAAGAAUCAGUUCUUUGUCUGAUUAAUGAACCAAAUCAAGAAGAAGAAGACGAAAGGAAUUCAUUAAGAUACAAAGUUAGCUUACGUACGGUUCAAGUUUAUUUAUCUAGAUUAGAAUAUGCUAGAUGGGAAGAAGAAUCCAAUUCGACUCGUCCAUCAACUCGUAGAUCUUCUUCUGAAAGUAAUUCAUUACGAACCGACCGAGAAGAAAUCGAAACAAUCGGCUCAAAGAGAAGAUGGAGUAGUUUAGAAAUCGAUGAAAGAUCGGAAAAAGAUCUCAUCAUGGUUCAUAAAGGUCAUAUUUCUUAUAUUCUUUGUGAUGAAGAUUAUUAUUCGAUUGAAGAAAAGAAAAUUAAACUUGAAUCAGAUUGGAAAGUGAAUCCUUUGAGUGUUCCUAGAUCUUACUAUGAUUACGAAAAUCCUAGGAAAACUUUUCUUCCUUCUUUUGAUCGAUCCCUUUUAUCUUCUGUGUAAAUUGGUUUAUCCGUUUUUUAUUGAAAUCAGGAAAGGGUUUAGUUGGGUGUUCGUUUUGACUAAUUGGCGUGUUUGAUUUGAAUUUGAACGUUUGAGAUGUUUGAAUGAUUGUUGUUGAUUUGUUUAUAAAUCCUUUUUGUCUUUGUAUCUUAGGUCGCCGUAUUGCUCACUGCUUCUUUGUUUACUCGAAAUCGGUUUUAAAACUUGUUCAAAAUGUAAAAAAACUUUCCAAUUGUUUUGUUCAAUUUUUUUUAGAU